AAAAAAGAGAUAUUCAAGCGAACUACCAAAUCUCGACUCCGUCAGUCAGCGAGGCCGCCUCAAGCGAUCAACACCUGUGCGCAGCCAAUAAGCCAGCGAAUAAACCACCCGAAUCGAAAAUUCAAAUUGAAACCCAGCCCAACCAGUACUACCAAUUAGCGGGCUCUUAACUCAAGCGAACUGAAAGAAAACUGGCUGAAAUACAAAAGGGAAACUCAGCGGCAUGCAAGUGCAGAACGCAGCCCGACCAGAUGAGCCCAACCCACAAGCACAAUCCAUUCGACGAUUGAGAUUCCAGGCGCAACACCACAUGCUGCUGGAACAGUUUUAGCCAAGAGAGCUGUUGCUGUGUUUUUGGCCACAAAAGUGGGCAGAGAGUGUGGAGUGAGUGUUGUAGCUGCUUCGAGAGAUCUGUGGAAAACCAAACAAACCGAAGUUAAAUCACACAAAAAAAACGAACCAAAACAAAAGGCGGCCAGCGAACAAAAUGAAUCAAACGCAAGUGAAUAAUUUCCUCAAGUGCUUCCUGCAAAUCGAUGAGCCCGCUGCCAUUCGCUGGGCAUCGCGUCACGAGGGGGAGGAUCACGACGAUCACGACGACCACGAUCACGACCACGAGGAGGAUGAGGAUGUGGGCGGUGUGCUGGUGGCCAAGGUCACCGCCAUGGUAGUUCUAUUCUGCGCCAGCGCCAUUUGCGGCUCCAUUCCCUUCCUGCUGAACCGCUGCUACCGCUGGACGGAGAGCCAAACGAAUGCCCGAUCUGCGAUAGUGGUGAAGUGUUUACUCUACUUCGGAGGCGGGGUCCUGCUGGCCACCACCUUCCUCCACCUGCUGCCCGAAGUUCAGGAGGUCGUCGAGGAGCUGCAGGAGUGCGAGGUCAUUGGGGAGCUCACGUUCCCGCUGGCGGAACUGCUCAUGUGCUGCGGCUUCUUCCUCAUGUACUUCAUCGAGGAGGCCAUGCACACGUAUGUCCACUACCACCAGAAGGACGAGGCAGGAGCCGCCUUCGAGCGGGGACACAGUAUCCGGAACAGUCACCUGCUGAAACCCAACGAAAACACCACUCCAUCGGCACCACCACCGCCCUCGAAUGGAACCGCCGAACUGGGAACUCUCUCCGUGCAGAAUCUCCUGCAGAGCGAUCUGGAGCAGCAGAAGAAGAGCCAGGCCAAGGGACAUGGCCACAGUCAUGGACAUGGUCACGGUCACGGCCAUAGCCAUCUGCCUGUGAUCCCGGAGGACGCCUCCGCCGGAGAUAUGUUGGCUUCCUCGCUGCGAGGCCUCUUCAUUGUGUCCGCCCUGUCGCUCCACGAACUCUUUGAGGGAAUGGCCAUUGGCCUGGAGAGCUCCGCCAGUUCCGUGUGGUUCAUGUUCGGUGCCGUGUCCGCCCACAAGUUGGUCUUGGCCUUCUGUGUGGGCGUGGAGUUGAUUGUGGCCCGCACCAGGAUGACACUGGCCGUCCUUUAUGUGCUGACCUUCGCCGUGGUCAGUCCACUGGGCAUUGGCAUUGGUAUUCUGAUUAAUCACGGCCAGGAGACGACCGGACCCAGUCUGGUGUCGGCCAUCCUGCAGGGAUUCGCCUGCGGCACGCUCAUCUAUGUGGUGUUCUUCGAGAUCCUGUCGAAGAAUCGAUCCGGGUUGCGCGCCUACUUGGCUCUCUUCGUUGGAUUCCUGGUCAUGUUUGGCCUCCAGCAGUUGACUUCCAGCGGAGGUCAUGGCCACAGCCAUAGCCACAGCAGCUGCUCGACUUCUGAGCACUCACAUGAGACUGAAACCAGGUCGAGUUCGGCCCGCGUCCACGACCAUGAGCACGACCACGACCACGAUCACCCACCUCACCAUAACCACGCCGAGGAGCUGGCCACUGUCCACAAUUACGAGCAGCAGCUGCAGCUCCUCAGGCAGGUGACCCAAAAGCUGCUUGAAGCACAUCCCAAGAAGGACGUCUAGGUUGUUAACUGCUCAGCAGAAACUUGAUCUAAUUAUGUAUAAUUAUAAUGUAAACUAAUAGUUAUUGUAUAUCUAUUUAUGUAGAAAUAAAAACUAAGUAUAGUGAAAGUUA